AUGGCUCCAGUCAAGUAUUUUUACAAAGGCCAAGAAACCGAUCUAGUCGUGUUUGCUGAAUCCAGCGAAGCCGUCAACCAGUACUUGCAAGACCCUACAGUCGGCAAAUUGACCGAGGCCGUCGGUGUGUUCAAGAUCUUCACCAAUUCACAAGGCGAGGGUGCUGAAGGUGAGCUAGGCGAGGCUUCCAAGGCUCAGAUCGAAAACGAGUUUGGCGCCAAAAUCAAGGUCGAAGAGGCUAUCGCCAAGAUCCUACAACAGGGCUCGCCAAACGCCAAGACCACUGACGUCAGAGCCAGCGACGAGCAGUAA